UUCGUUCAUUCAAUUCCACCCUCCUCCAUGGCUUCUUCUCUACAUAAAGCACCUCAUGAGUUGAACUGGCGAGGAGGAGUAGAGGACCAUGAAGACGACUCUCCACCCGGAAUCAAUUGGUCCGCGCUUCAGGAAUAUGCCGUUGCAAUCAAACAAGCACAAUGCAAAAAAGGCACAACAUCACCCUUGACCUGCACGCUACUCCCCCAAUAUAACAAGGGGGGCUCCCACCUCGUCAGGGCACUCCAAUUCAACGACAGCACCAUCUGGAUCGCCCGCAUUCUUAUGCAACCUUCCAGCAGCGAGGAAUCAGGCCAAACACUUCGCCACGAAGUCCCCACGCUGUCGAUUCUCCGGAGCAGGAAAGUCCCAGUCCCGGAAGUAUAUGCGUAUGAGGAGAGUCCUGACAAGAACGCCGUGGGCGCGGCUUUCAUCCUCAUGGAAUACAUCCCGGGCGAUACUGCAAUGGAUGCGUUUGGUGGAUGGGCACUGCAUAAAGGGGAGAUCCCGGCUUGUUAUAAAACCGGGUUUUAUCGGCAGGUUGCUUGUGUUCAGACGAGAGUUGCUUCAAUCAGAUUUCCCAAAAUAGGGAGGAUCACGCAACAUGUUGACGACGACGACGGAUCUACAUCGUACACUGUUGAGGCUAUUCCCGGAAUCGGAGGACCGUUCUCGACAGCGGCAGACUAUCUGGAAGCAUGGGCCCGCGCCGCGAAAUUCCCCGUGUCAGGCCGCCACCUCGACGCCAUGCUACCCCCCAAAUACAAAACCGAACUGCAAUUCUCCAUCGCAGACUUCCCGGCCAAGCUCCGCGCCCUAGCCCGCUCCCUGCCCCUCCAAGACGGACCAUUCCCACUCUACCACCCGGACCUCUUCCACAGCAACAUCAUCGUCGACAGCGCGUGUAAUGUUCUGUCAUUCAUUGACUGGCAAGACGCAUGCACGGUGCCGUGGGAGGUGGUGCAGUACCCGAUGUUUCUGGCUACGACGCCGGUGGCUAUGGACGCGCCGUGGAAUUAUGGCGAGGGGGGUGAGCCGCUUGUGCCGGAGAUUCGGGAGCAGUGGGCGGAGCAAGGGGAGUACUUGCAGUUUGUGAGGCAGGCAGAGCAAGAUGAAGGAUUGGAUGGUAGAUUCUCGUCUACGCUGGCAGAUGGGCGGGCGCAGGGGCUGGCGGGCGCGGUGAAGCUGUACUUGGAUCCGGGGAAGAUUGGGUUUUAUUGUAGGGUUUUGGAGGCGUUUGGAUGAGAGGGUUUGGUUUGGUUGUGGGAUGGGCAUCGGGAUGGUUGUAGGGGAGGAGUUGGGGGGUUGAGGAGCUGUGGAUGAUGUAAAUAUUGUCUUUUUGCAAGGGGUGAAUUGGUAUAGAUGUGCUUUCAUGGGAGCUGGAAAUCAUUAUAAUGGUAAGUACUACCUUUUACUUGAGAUGAGACUCGUAUGUGACAAAGGUGUAUUUGAAGAAAGAAAUGUAUAUAAGAGGAUACAAGUAGAGACAAUACACAUAGAUAUAAUCGUUAUAAGGUCGGGAUAGAGAGAAGAGCGG